AAUAUGUUAGUAAUUGAUAGCUAAGAUGCUGACGUACAUCAGGAAUGCUCGUGGUGAACGUUUAAUAAGUUCAUAGGUAGAAUGACAGUCCCAAAUAAUAAUUGCGAUACCUGCAUUUUUGACAAUUUGGUAUACCACUGUGGUGAAUAUAAGCAAAAAAAAUGAGUUCAAUCAGAUGUGGAACUUCAUUGCUUUGCAUUAGAAAUCUUUGCCAUCGAUGAACAGAUUUCGACCGGAUCCUAUAAAUUCAUAUCUUCACUGGAAAAUAUCGACAAUAUGGAUUUGCAGGAUGAAAUCCAAAUUCAGAACAUACUAGUUAAACAUACGAAGUCGGUUUUGUGAUACAAAAUCCAUAAAUCUGAAACCUUCAAAUGGGAUAAACGUAAUAGCUUUUCGUGACUUUUGCUGAUUCUUAUCGCUACUCAUGGUUUUACAUUUAAUCUAGAAUUUGUUGCACUAAAAGUUCUGUUACUGCAAAAACGUGACGAAAUUUAUCUGCUGUUAAGUUCUGUUAGUAAUAUAAGUAGUAAUAAUGUUCCAUUAGUGCAAAAACGUAAAUUUAUUCGCUGGUGAAACUGAUUUUGAACCAGUGGCGCGACAAAUUCACCUAUAAAUACUGUAGCAUUUUCUACUAUUUCACAAUUAGAUUCUUUUCAAAGUGUGGGUUGCAUCGUACAUAAGCAUUAUGUUACCUUGGUAUUAUUUUCUCGGUUUUGUGCAAGGAGUAACCCUGGUAACAGCGAUUGACUACCGACUUCCUACGGAUGUAAUUCCAUUACGCUAUGACCUUUGUAUAUACCCUGAUAUCUCCUCAGGCGUUUUUAAUGGUACCGUGAGCAUAGAAUUGAACGUAACAGCCACACGCAGUACGAUUAUUGUUAACAAGUACGACCUCGACAUAUCUUCACUUAAUUUAACGUACCCCUCAACGAGUUCCUUACUAACGAUCACGUCAGCCACAGAAAACACAGAUUUACAGAAAUAUAUAAUUACACCUUCAACUGAGAUUGAGGCAGGGAAAUAUACAUUGUCAAUCGGGUUCAGCGGCAAUUUCUCUCAAGACCUUGUUGGCCUGUAUCAGAGUACUUAUGUUGGCGAGAACAAUAAUACUAGGAUACUUGCUGUCGCCGUACUUCCACCGGCGUACGCAAGAAAUGUGUUUCCAUGCCUGGAUGAACCAAAAUUCAAGGCCCAAUUUGACAUCAAACUUGUACAGCCUUCCGGAGAUAAUUAUACCUCAAUUUCUAACAUGAAUGUCAAGAGUAUUGCAGUAAAUGAGCCUGCGUCGGGUUUGAAAACAGUGACCUUUGCCACAAGUCCGCCAAUGCCGACGUUCCUUGUCGGCCUUGUAGUCUGUGAUUUUCAAGCCCGGACGACAAAUGUGACGAAUCUUGAUGGAGAAACAUUUCCAGUCAGUUUUUAUACCACAGAAUCCCAACUGUACAAAAGUGCUUUACCAUUACAAGUUGCAACAAAUGCUCUUGCAUAUUACAUCAAUCUCUUUAAUGUGUCUUACCCCUUGCCAAAGUUCGAUAUGGUUGCUAUUGCUGACAUUACUUUUAACCUUGUGGAAAGCUGGGGUAUGGUUCAAGCUGCUGAACACGCAAUUCUUUAUACUAGCAACACAAGUUCCACGAGUAACAUGGACGAUGUCAUCUUUACCACAUGUUACGGAGUUACCCACAUGUGGGUUGGAACCCUUGUGUCUGUGGAAUGGUGGGAUGAUAUUUGGAUCACCGAAGGUAUUCCUACAUGGGCACAAUACAGGACCGCAAAUGAGUUGUAUCCGGAUUGGGGCUUUAUAGAACUGUUCUUAUUUUACGAGGUUUUGAAUGUUAUGGAUGACGAUGCGUCUGUUGUCUCGGAUCCCAUGAUUCAGGAAAUCACUACACCCGACGAAAUUGCAAAUGUUUAUGACUCUAUUAGAACCAGUAAGGCAGCAGCAGUCAUUCGCAUGCUGGAAAAUUUUGUAGGAUCUGAUAUUUUCUACACAGCGAUUUCGACGGAUUUGAAAACAUAUGCAUACCAGAAUGAAAAUACCUCCGGAUUUUAUGAUGGACUGCAGAACCUUGUGGAUUCAAGCCUCAAUAUCUCGGCUAUCAUGAAUACUUGGACACUUCAAGCAGGCUUUCCUGUCGUAAAUGUCGUUAAAAACGGAACCGUUUACACUCUUACUCAGAAACGAUUUCUAUCCGAUCCUAACGCCGUCUCAAACUCUACUUCAUCAACUUACGGAUUCAGAUGGACAAUACCCAUCACUUACGUAACAAGUGAAAACUCUACCUCGAACUUGGUGUGGUUUCAGUACGAUGCCAGUAGCUUAUCUUUGACGGUUAACACAUCGGUAGAGUGGAUAAAAUUCAAUCACGACCAAGUUGGCUUUUAUCGAGUGAAUUAUGAAACGUCGGAGUGGGAGACACUUAUCAAUAUUCUAAAAUCUGACCCAGAGACAUUCACUGCUGCGGAUAGGACACAGCUUGUAGGGGAUGCGUUCAGUUUAGCUGCAGCUUCCCAACUAAGUUAUAACGUAACACUUGAGUUGGCUUCGUACCUCGUUAAUGAGUCGCAUUAUAUACCUUGGAAUAUGGCUUACACAGAUUUUCAGUAUAUGGUCUCUAUGCUAGCCGAUACUGAUAUAUCCACUAGCCUAAAUGAUUACAUCAUUAGCUUGGUGAAACCCAUUUACAAAAAUGUCACAUGGUCCGUAGGUGAUUCCGACUCUCACAUAACUCUGCGUCUCCGCCCAGUUGUCUUGGAAAUGGCAUGCAACGCAGGUUAUGAUCAGUGUUUGACUGAAGCUGGAAACCUUUUCUUAGACUGGAUUAACGGUACUGAUGAUGUCCGUCCUCCUCCCGAUACUCGAUAUGUAGUAUACAAAUAUGGUAUACAAAAUGUGAAUAGAGAGGCUGAAUGGGAUCAGGUGUUCCAAAAGAUGUUAUAUGAGACAGAUUCGGCGGAGAGAUUAAGGUUGUUGAAUGGUUUAUCAGGAAUAAAAAAUGCUACGAUCUUGACCAAGUAUCUAAAUCUGGCCAUCAACCAAUCGUAUGUCAAAGCUGCUGAGUUUUAUUACGUCUUUGACUUUAUUUUGACAAAUUCGAUCGGUCCAGCUACAGCUUGGGAUUGGAUUCGUGAUAAUGUGGAAACUCUAAUGAAUGAUUAUGGCUACAGUGCAAGCGACAUUGCAGAUUGGAUUGGUAGGAUUGUGGGUAGGCUCCACACCGAGGAAAGUAUAGAGGAGAUAGAAUCAUUCUUUGAAACAUACCCAAGAAUAGAAGAAGCCUUCGUCACUGAUCCCCGACAAACUAUAUAUGGAAAUAUCAAUUGGAUAACCUCGAAUAAUGCUACAAUUGACGCGUGGCUGAAAUCAUAUAUGAAAACCGAUAACAAUACCGCUGCUGAGAAUUUCUUACUGCAGCAUCAGCCGACCUGAAUAAAUACUGAAAUACUGAAAAAUAA